AUGUUCCAAAUGACCAGACAAAACCGCUGGGCUCCUCAGGAGUCGAAAGAGAGAAGAAAGUGGUUGAGGAAGGGCGCGGAAGUGGAAAAGGAGCGGAAGAAGAAUGCGCACGUCGCGCCAAAGUCCUGGGUUAUCGCCAGGCAAGACUCGGUAAGUAGAGCGUACAAUGAAGAUGUGUGAUCAUUUACUUAUUCGCGUUCUUGUAGAUGGCGGCUAUACGGAAGGGAGACCAGGGGAAGGUCAAGAAGAUGAGAAGGGUGGCCCGGAAGGAGAAGAGGAAGAUGGGGAAGUUUGGUGGUGCUGCUGGUGAUGAGGCUGGUAGGGGGGAUGGGGAGGAAAUGGGUGAGGGUGACGGGGACAUGGGUGAGGAAGAUGAGGAAAUGGAAGAGGGAAUGAAUGAUGAUGAUGAGGAGGAUAUUGAUGAUUAUUCUGGUUUGGUUGUUGAGGGGAAAGCUGGCAUGGAGGGGGGAGCUGCCAAUGAUGGGAAGUGGAAGGAUGAGUGCGUUAUGAGAUUCAAGAAUAAUUGA